UUUGUCUUUUGCUCUUUUAUAUAAAUACUGGAGAUUUUCGUAGAGGAUCGUCUGGGGGAAGAGAAAAAACAUUCACCUGGGAUCGCUCUUUCCCUUCUACUUGUUGGUGUUUCCCCCCGUGGUUCACUAAAAAGUAUCACCUCAGGACCCCAGAGGAGGCUGCCUGUGUGUGUGUGAAAGGGAGGAUAAAAAGUUCUUCCAAAAUAGUGUGCCCGGGGAAGAGGAUGGGGGAUUUUGCAGCCCCCGCUGCCGCCGCGAAUGGCAGCAGUAUUUGCAUCAACAAUAACCUGAACAGCGGCCUCAGCGGGGCUGGUGGUGCCGGUAUCGGGGUUAAUAACUCUCCCCACGGUCCUCCUGCUACUGCUCCCAGCAACAAUAAUACUAAUAGCAGCGGCGGCGGCGGCGGCAUUCCCAAGCACAGCACCGUGGUGGAAAGGCUAAGGCAGCGCAUCGAGGGCUGCAGGAGGCACCAUAUCAACUGCGAGAGCAGGUACCAGCAAGCCCAGGCGGAGCAGCUGGAGCUGGAACGCAGAGACACGGUGAGCCUCUACCAGAGGACCCUGGAGCAAAGGGCCAAGAAAUCGGGCACCGGCGGCGGCGGGAGUAGCAAACAGCAGCAUCAGAGCAAACAGCAGCAAGAUGCCGAGUCUGCCACGGCCGAGCAGAGGAACCACACUCUGAUUAUGCUACAAGAGACAGUAAAGAGGAAACUGGAAGGAGCGCGUUCACCCCUCAAUGGAGAGCAGCAGAAUGGUGUCUGUGAUGGUAGUUUCUCUCCAACCAGCAAGCGGAUACGGAAGGAUGUACCAGGAAUUGAUACAAUCAAUAGCUUGCCCAAUAACUUGCCUUUGCCUUCUGUUUCUCCUCUUCACCAGCUUGACAUGAAGCCUUCCUUACCCCUGCAGAAGAGUGGAACACAUGCUAGUGGGCUGGAAGACUUGGGUAAAAAUGGUGGACUUCCAGAGAUAAAGCUCCCAGUUAAUGGUUCCAGUGAGCUUGAGGACAGUUUUAACCUCCUGCAAAACAAGGAACUAAAACAAGAACCUUUGGAUGAUCCCACCUGCAUAGACACUUCUGAAACAUCCCUUUCGAAUCAAAACAAACUUUUCUCAGACAUUAAUCUGAAUGAUCAAGAGUGGCAGGAGUUAAUAGAUGAGCUAGCCAACACUGUACCAGAAGAUGACAUACAAGAUUUGUUCAACGAAGACUUUGAAGAGAAGAAGGAACCAGAAUUUCCCAGGCCUGCCGCUGAGACUGAAGAAAGUGGAAGUGUUAAGAGCGAUCCAUCUCAUUCUCCAUUUGCUCACGUACCAAUGGGGUCUCCCCAGGUGAGGCCUUCUUCUUCAGGCCCUCCAUUUUCAAAUGUCUCCACAGCUUCUAGUUUAACUUCUGUAUCCAGUGCUCCACCAGCUCCAGUCCCUGCCAGCUCACCAGCAAAUUGUGUUGUUCAGUCACCCCAAACUCCCAAUCAAGUCCAUACUCCAGGUCAAACUCAGUCACGACCUGGAAAUGGUUAUCUUAUUAAUCCAGCAGCAGUGACUGUUGCAGGUUCAGGGCCUGGGCCUGUGGCUAUACCCAGUGCUGACUUGUCUCCAGCUGAACAGCUCAAACAAAUGGCAGCACAGCAGCAACAGAGAGCUAAACUCAUGCAGCAAAAGCAGCAGCAGCAGCAUCCAAAUCAAGCAUCAAGCUGGUCACCUGUGGGACCUCCAUCUAGUCCAUAUGGAGGACCCUUCAGUGCAGACAAACCAAAUAGUCCAAUGAUGUAUCCCCAAGCCUUUAACAACCAAAAUCCUAUAGUGCCUCCUAUGGCAAAUAAUCCACAGAAGACUACAAUGAAUAACUACCUCCCUCAAAAUCACAUGAAUAUGAUCAAUCAACAGACAAAUAAUUUGGGUACAAACUCUUUAAGCAAGCAGCCCAACAUGCUUACUUAUGGCAACACUAAACCUCUGACUCAUUUUAAUGCUGAAUUGAAUCAGAGAAUGACCCCUCCAAUGGCCAAUCCCAGCAAGAACCCCAUGAUGCCAUACAUACAGCAGCAACAGUCCCAGCAGCCACAGAUGCAAGCUCAGAUGACACACCUGAGUGAGGAACAGAAACGAAUGCUUAUUAUGAAGCAGAAAGGAAUGAUGACUCAACCAAUGGGAUAUGCAACACUUCCCUCCCUUGGCCAGGAACAGCACCCAGUGGGACUUUCUCGGACCACAGGCCCUAUGCAGCCUUCGGUCCCACCAGGCUCCAGCAACGUGGUCACGGGCACAAACCCAGGAGGUCCCAGUUUCCUGGGAAAUCAGCCACAAGCAACCAUCAUGAAGCAGAUGCUGAUUGAGCAAAGGGCCCAGCUCCAUGUGAUGGAGCAACAGAAGCAACAGUUUCUAAGGGAGCAAAGGCAGCAGCAGCAGAUCCUGGCAGAGCAGCAGUUGCAGCAGCAGUCACAUUUGCCUCGGCAACAUCUCCAGCAGCAACGGAACUCGUAUCCAGUGCAACAAGUCAGUCAGUUCCAAGGUUCUCCCCAGGAGAUAGCAGCAGUGAGAAACCAAGCAGCACUUCAGAGCAUGAGGACCUCCCGAAUUAUGGCCCAGAAUGCAAGCAUGAUGGCAAUGGGGCCGUCCCAGAACCCUGGCACAAUGUCGACAACAGCUGGUCAGUCCGAGAUGGGAAUGACUCCUUACAGCAACACAUCUAACAGCCAACCAGGAAUGUAUAAUAUGAGCACAGGAAUGAGCCAAAUGUUGCAGCACUCAAACCAAAGUGGCAUGACCCUGGCACAUAGUGCAGGCCAAGGACCAAGGCAGCCUGCGUCCGGACAAGGGGUUGGAAUUGUCAGCAGUUUUGGUCAAAGUAUCCUUGUGAACUCUAUUCCCCAGCAACAUCAGCAGAUGAAAGGACCUGUGGGCCAAGUCUUGCCCAGGUCACAAGCCCCUAGACUUCAAAACAUGAUGGCAACUGUCCCUCAAGGAGCACAGAACUGGCAGCAGCGAGGCUUACAAGGUAUCCCUGGAAGGACUAGCAGUGAAAUUGGGUCAUUCAACAACGGCACGGCGUAUCCAGUGCAGUCUGGGCAACCAAGGCUGCCUAAGCAACAUUUUCCACAGGGAAUUAACCAGUCAGUUGUGGACACAAGUGGAACAGUCAGAGCCCUAAAUCCAGCAAUGGGAAGACAAAUGCUGCAACAGCUCCCUGCGCAACAAGGAACCAGCCAAGCAAGGACAAUGGUUAUGCCUGCAAUAAGUCAGGGGGUUCCCACUAUGCCUGGUUUCAGUCAGCCCCCUACACAACAGAUGCCAGGUGGGAAUUUUGCUCAGAGCAACCAAGGUCAGGCCUAUGAGAGGAACCCCACUCAGGACAUGUCUUACAAUUACAGUAAUGAAGGAGCUGGAGGUUCCUUUUCAAGUAUAGCAGAGGGUGCGGACCUUGUGGACUCCAUAAUUAAAGGUGGACCAGGUGAUGAAUGGAUGCAAGAACUUGACGAGUUGUUUGGAAACCCAUAGUGAAUGGGCUUGUAUAGUUUAAAACUCUGAUAGUUACGUUAAAAAAAGAAAACAAGAUGUAACCUCAUCCUUGUUUUUUGCUUUUUAAUCUGUGCAAACCGAGCUGACUUGCAGCCAACUGUGGAAGAGUCAGGUGGUGGUUAAAAUAUCGACGUGUCGAUUUCACAAAACUUCCACGUAGCAGUCUCCACUGCACAGCAGUACUUGCUCUGUCUGUCUGUCUGUCUGUGAGAGAGAGGGCAGGGCUGGAAACGCAGCUGCUCUCUGUCCGUGGGACGAGCUGGCGCGUUCUGUGUGGUGAGGCACUAUUGCACAGCGAUGCGGUGUUCCAGUCUCUCCCGCUCUGUUUUACUGUAACCGCUGCAGCUUUCAGGGCGUGUGAAGAGCUAGAUCCCUCGGCCGGGAACAAAACCUAACAGAGUUGCCAGGUGAUUGCGCAGCCCACGUGCACAGGUCAGAAAUGUGCUGAACUCUGGGUGUAAACAGAUCCCAGAUUUCAAAGUGUACCGCUCUCUUUGAUUUGAUACAGAACAAGGCCUAUGGAGCCUACUCUAGGCUAUUGUACAAGAAUGUCCAGCACAUGUGAUUAGCCUAAACAAUCAUAGAGGGGUUACCAUUUUCAUUGUAGAGAGAUAAAAAGGUUAAAAUAAAAGCUUAGCAGAACGUAAACUUGGCAAUACAAAGAGCAGGACAGUUUGAGUACAGGACUGUCGGUGGAUAUGAGCUGGCAUACCCACUGCUUAGGUGGGUGGGUUAACUUAAUGAGCUAUUAAUUCUCUUUUAGGUUCAUGUCUCUCCUUCUGUAUCUGGGCACUUCGGCACAUAUGUGCUGCUUGGCAGUGUACUGUUGGCUAACAGCUAAACAAGAUGUAAAAGGACUAAGCAGAGUGAACAGAUUACAGUAGAGUUUUGUGCAGAUCCAAUUCAAGUCCCCUUCUCUUUCUCCUCCCCCAAUAUACUCAUGAUUUUUCCUUAAAAAUGGGGAAAAAUAUGCACUGUAACACAAGGCCAUUGCACUUCACCUUUCUUCAGCUGAGCAGCCACCCCCACAAACAGGGACAAUGACGAAAGGAAGCAGGUCUGAGAACAGUAAAAUGUACCACAAGAGUGUGAAACUCUGAAUGAGUUUCCCUUCUUCUCCUGAAUGCACAAGAUUAGAGGUGUUGUUUGGGGCUGGGAUGCCCAUCCUGUUGAUUUAAAACUACAUGCAGCCUGCUUUUCUGUCUUAAACGGAUGUUCAGUGUAAACUUCCUAGUGCCGGGAUAAAUUCGCUGGGAUAUCCAAACAGCAGGAAUCAAGAAAGGACUGGUUGUAAUGAUCAAGGGGCAAAUGACUGUGUAUUGGUUAUCACAAAGACAGGGUCUACCCAAACAAGCUUGCUAGGCAGUAGCAGUGACAUAUCUCUUGACAGGUUAAAAGCAGAUCUGUGCUGAACGUGUAACAAAACUGUGAUACAACUUUCAAAAUGGUGCUUUUAAAAUAAUAAAACCUGGCCCUUCCGAAUAUCUGAACCCAAUCUCUCUGAGCCAAAACAUUUGCUGAAGUGAAAAUUGUUCAAAUGAUCCAAACCUACCAAUCGACUUGUCUUCAGUUGCUUGGCUUAGGCCCCGUGGUAUGAAGUGCUGACCCACUGAAACCUGUGGGAGCUGAGGAUGGGCACUCAGUACCUCACAGGUUCAAGCCCUUUGUUUCUGCAUGGAGCACAGGUAUGAGCAGGAGCAAGAAAUGGGAGUAAAAUGGACCCUUUAUCCCCUCAUAGUAUGUCUACACUGCAGCCAGGUGGUGUGAUUCCCAUCGGGGUAGACAGACUGGAGCUACUGUCCUAUAAAUUAGCAGCGUGGAUAUUGUGGCACUGGCAAUGGCUCCCCCCCCGACCACCACUCCGGGGUUUGAGCUUGGGUCGGUAGCCUGUGCCAUCACAACAGCCACACUACUAUUUUAAUGCACUAGCUUGAGCUGAGCUAAUGCAAGUCUGUGCACCUGUGCUGGGAAUCGCACCUCCAGCUGCAGUGUAGACAUAGCAUCAGGUAACUCAGUGCCCUGCUGCUUGUUCACUCUUGUGUGGUAAUCCUUUGCUCGGCUUGUCUAGACUAGGACAAAGGGUGUAGACAGGGCAAGCUGUAUGUUAACAUGGGUUAGCUUGUGUUAGCUGUAUGUUAACAUGGGUUAGCUUUAAUCUGUGUUAAAAUACAGCGUGUCCUGUCUACACCAGAGUUUUAAAAUGCAUUAGUGAAAAUGUUUUACCCAACACAUUUUAAUAAUACACCUGAAGGGACUGAUCAGUAUCCGUUGAAGUCCAUGGGAUUUGGUCUUUCUACUGACUUCAGUGGAUAUCAGGGUGGGCCCUAAUACUGUAAAAGUGAGCACCAACUGAAGAUUUCAACCACAAGCAUUUUAGAGCUAAUAGGAUCUUAGUCAUACUAGCAUAAAAGAGGGGUAGAUGAAGAGGUAGAACUGGCACUGGUGUGCUAUGUGUAAAUGUUAUCGGAGUGGGUAGGGCACAUGCUUGUCCUGCACUGUGUCGAACAGUUGCACCAUCACAUACAGCAGUGAGGAUGCCAAGCAUGGUGGGGAUGGAGUGGCUGGUCUGCAUCACUAUUUCCUGGCCUCGGUAACAAAGGGUUCCCUGUCAACUAUGGGUACAUCUACACAGCAGAAAAAACCCUUAUGGUGCGGAGUCUCAGUGCAUGGGUCAACUGACUUGAGCUCACCGGACUCGAGCUGUAGGGCUGAAAAUAGCCUUGUACAUGUUUUGGCUUGGGCUGGAGCCCAGGCUCCAGGACCCUCUCCCUCGCUAGGCUUCAGAAUCCAGGCUGCAGCCUAAGCUAGAACAUCUACAUGGCUACAUUUUGCCUCGCAGCAUGAGCCCUGUGAGUCUGAAUCAGUUGACCCAGGCUCUGAUUUUGCUUUGUAGAUGUAUCCUCA